CCGCGAUGGCGCCGCACGCCGCCCGUAGCUUGCGGCAGUCUCGCCACAGCGGCCGUGCGCUACGGAGGCCAAUGUCUACACCGUAGCACUUCCUGUCUACCAGUACGUAACGGGCUACAUGAUGCAUUUUCUCAUAUUAUUGGCAUUUUUUGCCACGGCACAAGCACGUGCGGUGAACAUAAGCAACACUUGGGUUCUUCCUGAGGAAGGUUUUCCGGUUUUCUACCGGUACUUCAGAGACCGCAUCUCUUGGUACGAAGCGGACGCGGUUUGUCAAUUCCAUCAUGCGAACCUUGUAACAGUUGAUACGACGGCACAAUACGAUGCUGUGCGAGCCUAUCUUAAAGAACUGGACAUAUCAAGUGGGGUUUGGGUUGGAUUGAUUAGAAGUAAUCCAGAAGGUGAUUUUACUUGGACUGAUUACCGUGGCUUGAGUGGUGAUGGCUAUUGGAGCUCGGCGCCGGACCCGCGUGCCGCUCCCCUGUGUGCUGCCGCUGAUCCUACCGCAGACUACCGCUGGCAGGCGCGCGCAUGCGGUGGACCUACAGUCGCUUCUUUCAUCUGUGAACUACCAGUUCCGCAAUGGGCACUUGGCAACGAAGGUUGCAUGGUUCGAGCGCUACCGGCCUUGACUAUUCUGUAUUUACCGGAAAGUGCGGCAGUGCAGCUAACUGCUGAUUGUGGCCUCGCCGGUGUCAAACGAGUGCAAUGCACGGGAAACGUGAAACGAGAAGAUCUUCUCCGCGACCUUUCAUGUGCUGAAGAAGUAGAAUCUACUUCUUUGAAUAAUUUAGCUUUAAAUAGCACAAUUAAUGAGUCGACAACAUCUACAGAAAAUCAAGAAUUAUCAAGUGUAACCGAAGAAAAUUUGUCGAUUGAACAUGGUAACGAACAUGAAAAUUUACCUUCGAGCGUAAUGUCUACUCCCAUUCCUUAUAACGAAAAUGUAAGACAAUCUAUGAUAUCGGCAUCACAUUCGACUUCGCAGCCAGCUCGUUAUAAAACAAACAACAUUAUUUUAGAGAAAAAUAUUAAUCUGAAUGAUAUGCAGAAUAAUAAUCUUCAAAGCAAUGAGAUACCUGAUUUAGUCAACAAUGACAAAUUUCUAACAAAUUAUCGAAUACAAAAAAUGGAAGAUGAAGAAAAUAUGCAACAUAAAAAAUUACAUGACGAGCUUGCCAGACUUGGUAAUUUUGAAACAAUAUUUACUCAACCAACCGAUCACUUUGUACCACCUUUAGUUAUGGCAAAAGCUAGGAUUAGUGAUGAUCUGAAUGUUCUAUCUUUAAAAGAAAAACACGCCCAACACUUUGGAACACAAGAUAUGAUAGAGAAAAUGAAUGAAGAAAAGAAAAUACCAAACAUGGAAGAGAAAUAUGAGAUUUCAACUGAACGUCCGCACGCAAUUGAAAAUUUGGUAGGAUUAACCACGGAAGGUGUAACAAAAUUAAAGGAUACUUUAAAGAAAGACAUUAUUGAAAUAUCACUAUUAAAAAAAUAUAAAGAUCUAAAUGCGAACGUUACUCAGAUUUCAAAAAGCAAAACUAAAAAAGUAAACAAAGAAACUUUUGUGGAAAUCAUGAACGAGAGUAAACCUGCUUUCGUUAACAUUCCUUUGAAACUUAAAGAAACUACAACAUUGGGAACCACAGUUGCAAAUGACGAUUAUGAAAUUCAAAAUGACUCUAAUAUGGACUUGACCGUUGUUUUACGAGAAACAAAUGAUGAAAGGCAAAGUCAAGAUUUGACCAAUGGCACUGAGGAAGGAAUCGGAAAGAACACGACAAGAAGUAUAAUAGAGUUUGUUCACCCUACCACUGAAAUUGUAGAUUUCUUCAACGGAACACACUUAAAUUUACAGCAAACACAGGAGAAAUCGAACAAAAGCGAGACAAUCUCGGAAGAUAUAAGCACUAAUAGUGGUAAUGGAAACGACAGCAAAAUUUCGGACAUUCCUCAAACUCCCGAUUUUACAACUAAAUUGCCCAUUUUUAAAGACGAGUUAAUUAAUAUAUCUACUACAAGUAUCAAUAUAAAUAUUCAAGACGGAGUCAACAAAACUAUUUUUAGUGCCACUGAAAUUUCUACAAUCAAGGAUGACAUACAUGUUGCUGAUUCUAAAUCUUCACUCGAUUUACCUGCUAAUACAGUAGAUAAAGCAAAUUAUACUGAAAUAACUGAAAGUUCUCAUAUGAGUACAAAACCAGGAUCGUCAAUUAUUAAUUCUGAAAAUCAAACUGAUAAUUUAGAUCACGAAACUUCUUCCACGCUCUAUCCAGUUUUCAGCGAUGCCUUCAACUAUACUGAAACUGUAGAAGAAAUAGAUGACAGGCCAGCUGAUCUCGAAACAAUUGACGAUUUCCAAUCACCUCUACUGUCCGGUGCUAAUGAACCAUUACAGAGGCCCAACAGGUCAAGGAGGCCUAAACAACCAAAUAGAAUUAACAAAUUCAAUCCUUUCCGCAUUUUAGGUUAAGAAGACAUUAUUUCAAAGCAACGUUAACUGCCAAUAAUUCUGUACUAACGACUGAACAACCAUUGCACUUUAAUAUUAAUUGCGUCACAUUUCACAAUUACAAUAUUGUAGAAGCACUAAUCUAAAUCAUUAACUUUGUUCA